ACAUGGUUUGCGGGUCGGGUCGGGUCUGAUGUGGUGAUCUUCGCGAACAGGUUGUGUUCGUCUUCAUUCUUCUUGAGCAAGAAGGCAGCGCUCUUCUUUUCUUCAUGAACAAGGCGGCAACUCUUCAACGGCAUUUCACUUCACUCAUCUCCUCGUCGAUCUAGGGUUUCUAGCUUACUUCCUCGUCGUCCUAACUCGCGAAUGAUGGAGCUCGAUUUGAGUGGGUUUGAAUCGUGUCCUCUGUUUCCCGGAGGCGUCGUCGCCGAUCAUGGCGAGAACCCCUUGGCGGCCGCUUCGUUCCAACUCCCGGCCUGUUCCGAUUUUGAUGGUUUCCAAAAGGACGCAAUCCAGAUGACGAAACCGGCGAAAGGGACUACUACGCUCGCCUUCGUCUUCAAGGAAGGGGUUAUUGUCGCUGCCGAUUCCCGAGCCACCAUGGGAGGAUAUAUCUCUUCGCAAAGUGUCAAGAAGAUCGUUGAGAUAAACCCGCAUAUGCUCGGUACGAUAGCUGGAGGUGCUGCAGACUGCCAAUUUUGGCAUAGAAACUUGGGAAUCAAGUGUCGCCUUCACGAACUGGCAAACAAGAGAAGAAUCUCAGUCACAGGUGCCUCAAAGCUAUUGGCGAACAUACUUUACUCAUACAAAGGAAUGGGCCUUUCAGUAGGAACCAUGAUCGCUGGAUGGGAUGAAAAGGGUCCUGGGUUGUACUAUGUUGAUAACGAAGGUGGUAGGUUGAAGGGAACACGCUUCUCAGUGGGCUCAGGAAGUCCGUACGCUUAUGGUGUUCUUGAUAGCGGAUAUCAAUUUAACAUGUCAGUUGAGGAAGCUGCAGAACUGGCACGCAGAGCCAUUUAUCAUGCAACUUUCCAUGAUGGAGCUAGUGGUGGAGUAGCCAGUGUUUAUCACGUUGGGCCUCAAGGAUGGAAGAAGCUCUCUGGUGACGAUGUCGGAGAGCUCCAUUACAAGUACUAUCCCAUGAUACUAACCCCUACUGAGCAAGAAAUGGCUGACACUUCGGCAGCUUGAUGUUCUCUCAAUUCUCUCAGCCUGAAGCAUGUUUUGCGCAAUAAAACUAAAGACGAUAUCAAUGUAAAAUAUUAAAUCUUCUGUCCUUGUCAUCAUUUAGAAAUUCCAAAUCAAUUUCAUAUCAUAUUGAGACCCAAAUAAUUAACGUUA